AUGACUACCUCCCCCGAUAAGAGGCCUGGCGACGCUAUUGAGCCCUCCACCGAGGCCAAAAAACCCCACGUCGAAAGACCAGACCACUUUGCCAAGGGAAUAGCUCCUAUUAAGCCUGAAUUUAUUGUUCAAGCAACUAGUAUUGCCCCAAGUUAUGACGACGAUGAGGCUGAAGGCGGAGACAGAGACGGCGGCCAAAAGCCAAAGGCUGAUAAGAAGAGAAAAAGGGGCCAGAACAAGAACAGAGACUUGAGACAGCAGGUUAAAGAGGUCAGACUAUGCUCGACUUUGAUCGAUCCAGAAAACCCAAGAGAGUGCCAAUUUGGUGGUGAUAAGUGUCGUAAUGUGCAUAACAUCGAAGAGUAUCUUGCAGGUAAGCCUGAAGAUGUUGAGGGCGUUUGUCCUGUUUUCAAGGCCCUCGGAUACUGUCCAUGCGGUUUGAAGUGUAGAUGGUUGGGUUCUCAUUACAACAAGGAAACCAACCGUCUUGUCAAGGAUUUGGAACAGAUGGAGAGAGCCAAGAAAGAUAACUUUGAGGUGAACAAGAUCAAGCCAGAAAACAAGAGCAUGUUGCAGAAGAAAAAGUACGACUUCAGUCACUCCGACGAAGUCAUCAAGUACAUUGACACUUUAGUUCAAAACGAAGAAAACAUACUUAAGGCCAAGGAAGCCAAGGAUGCUAAGGAUGCCGAAGAGAAAGAUGACAAGAAGGAUGAAGAGAACGCUAGUGCUCAAGAGCAAACCAAGUCCAACAUGGCAUCUUACGUCGAGGCCACAUACAAGGUUGGAGAAAAGAAGAAGCUUUACCUCAAAAAUGCAAAGAUCGUGUCGCCAUUGACUACGGUGGGUAACUUGCCAUACCGUCGUUUGAUGAAAACUUUGGGUGCCGAUGUCACCUACUCUGAAAUGGCUUUGACUGUUCCAUUGUUGCAAGCUACCAACUCAGAGUGGGCGUUGCCAAAGGCACAUAUCAGUGAAUACCCAGGGUUUGGUGUUCAAAUUGCCACCUCCAAGCACUGGGCCGCUGCCAAGUCCGCAGAAGUUAUCUACAAGGAAACCACCCAUGUCUCUGAACUUAACUUGAAUUGUGGAUGUCCUAUUGAUUUAUUGUAUCGUCAAGGCCAAGGGUCUGCUUUGAUGGACCAGCCAGCCAGAAUGCUCAGAAUCCUUAAGGCUAUGAAUGCUCUGUCGGGAGACAUUCCCGUCACUGUUAAAAUGAGAACCGGUACCAGAGACAACAAGAAUACUGCCAAAGCCUUGAUUGACAGGGUGUUGAGAGAGAACGACGUCGCUGCCAUCACCUUGCAUGGACGUUCAAGACAGCAAAGAUAUACCAGAGAAGCCGAUUGGGCCUACAUUGGUGAAGUUGGUAAGACAGUUGAAGAAUGGAACCACAGAAAGGAAGACAACAAGGACACUACCGAUACCCAGCCUACCUGGUUUGUUGGUAAUGGUGAUGUCUACACCCACGAGGACUGGCACAACGCAGUCAACACUCCAGGAAUCGACUCUGUCAUGGUUGCCAGAGGUGCUCUUAUCAAGCCUUGGAUCUUCGAGGAAGUUGAUAGCCAGCAGUACUUGGACAAAUCGGCCACCGAGAGAUUGGAGAUGUUGCGUACCUUCUCCAACUACGCCAUUGAGCACUGGGGCUCCGAUGAAUAUGGUGUUGGCUUGGCCAGAAGAUUCAUGUGUGAAUUCUUGAGUUUCACCCACAGAUACAUUCCAAUUGGUAUUUUGGAGAGAUUGCCACCAAAGAUCAACGAGAGACCUCCUAAGUGGAAGGGCAGAAACGAGUUGGAAACUUUGCUCGGAUCUGGUGACUACAAGGACUGGAUCAAGAUUACCGAGAUGUUUUUGGGCAAGGCAGGCGAUGGUUUCAAUUUCACUCCCAAGCAUAAGAGUAACGCCUACGAAAGUUAG